AUGGCUCCAACUACGUUUUCUCUCUUCCCCUGCCUCCCCACUGAGCUCCGCCUCCAGAUAUGGCGUGAGGCUCUGCCCGAAAAACUUGGAAACCCAUUGUACUUUUAUAAAAAGGGAUGUUGGGGCCCUCGGCAUCUAACUGAAGCUGACGAAGAAUACGAUCCCAACAAUGAGGAGAAUAAUCUGAACUUCGAAUUCCAUCAUGACCGCUUGGACCCUCUCCACGUUGAAGUUCCGCUAUUUUUUGUGAACCAAGAAGCCCGCAGUUUUGCCUUGAGCUGGAUUAGUGAGCAGGGCCUAAAAACCCGCUUUGAUAAAGAGAAGCAGUCCUUAGUCUUUAUACGCCCAUUUGAUCCGCAACGUGAUACACUCUAUGUCUCACAGGAAAAAUGGGAUGAAUUUCACUGCGAGCCAUUCGAUCGAGUAUUUGAAGCAGACCUCGAGAAUAAAAACAUUGGUACUCCCGCUCCAGUCUUCACUCGUCUUGCUGUGUCAGAUGAACUACUUUUAAAAGAACCGGAUGCCCUGGAGGAAUUGUUUCAUUGGUAUUAUGGUUUCGAUGAAAUUUUCGUUAUUCUCAAGGUUCGGUCAGAUGGUUUUUGGCACGACGCAAAAGAUAUCAAGCCGCAACAGCGGUGGGAGUUGGAGACUGUAGACGUGCAGGGACCGAUCUUCUACUGGAACCUUGACAGCGAGAGCUUUCAGUGGAAAGAUGAAGACAUAAAUAUCAGUGAUUAUGCUCUAUACGAUGUAUUGCAGCAUGCCAGUCCGAAGCUGAGUACAAAGUUGCUAGAGAUUGGAAAGGAGCGCUUUGAGGUUCGUCCAGUCACUGUUGUUAGAAAGUGA